CAAGAUCUUUCAAAUCUGGCUGAUAAAUUUGAGAAUGAGCUCAGUCUGUCAAAUGGUCCUUCUCUUAUCAAGCCAGUUUAUUCAAAAGCUGGACUCCAGUGUGCAUCUGAACUCGAAGAAUGCCUCUACCCAGUGGGUUCUAAUAAAAUAGAAUGGAAGCCAGAAACCAUCUGCACCUACCUGUUCUCAGAGUAUCCUGGAUUAGAGGAUUUAAUGAAAAAACAAAUCCAUCCACUGAAAAAGGGGAUACUGAUAUUUUCAAGGAGUUGGGCUGUUGAUAUUGGAUUGUGGAAAAAACAAGAUGUUAUAUGUGAUGCUCUCUUAGUAGCUGAAAACGCAUAUCCAGUACUGUAUACUGUAGUCAAUGAUGCCUCUUCUGCUGAGUCUGAAAACCUGAGAGGAACUGCUUAUGCAUUAAAGAAGAAACUAGUCAAUGAUGGGGGAUAUGCUUCAGAAGUGUGUGUGAUUCCCCAAAUACUGUACCUGAAUGGCCAAGAAAACCAAGAAAACCCAUGUGGUUAUGCCAGCUUGUACCCAGAGAAUUACGUCCUCACCUCCAGGGACAUCCCCGUGUUCCUGCGUGCACUUAUGACUGUUGUGCUGCGCUUCAAGUCCUACUUAAGUGACCAUCUUGGCUGUGAGAUUUUCAACCUUCUCAAACAGUAUGAGCUGCUCUCCAAGAACCUGCACAACGUCAAAGAGCAGUUUGUCCUUGGUCUUCCUGGAACAGGGAAAACAAUCAUAGCUUUGAAGAUCAUUGAGAGAAUACGAAACAUUUUUCACUGUUCUGCAGAAGAAAGACUCUAUAUUUGUGAAAAUCAUCCCUUGAAGACGUUUGUGAGGUAAGCAGUAAUG